AGUUGAGCAGUGUGUAAUGCACUCUGCAACCCCGGCUGUGCAAUAGUGAGAAAUGAGAGAGGGAGAGCUUUAUUGGUGUGAUGAGUAAUCACGAUGCCAUCCUCAAAUGGUGUUUUGUAGGGAAAGCCUCCUCGUUCUCACAUAGUGCGAAUUGUCACGCUGCAGUGCAAAACACUUUGGUUGUAGCCCGGCUCCGAGCCGCGGCUGCACUUGAAACCGAGCAUAAUACAGCAGGAUUAGCUCUUUCAGCCGCUAACAGGCUCCAAAUAUAUGGCACUUAAACCCUGACAGAGCAGUCCUUCCCUCUGAAUGGGCGACACGUGGAAAAAGCUGCUUCUCUGCGAGAGCCGCGCUCCUCUGCCAGAUACAUCGCACUGUCACACAGCCCCUCUUUUUUUCUCCCUCCAAACUGAUCCGCUUCUCCUCGGGGGCAACGACUGCCUCCAUUAAUGAUUCACGGGCUCAAAUAAAGGGAUUUAAGUUGACGUUGCGUCACGUGAGCGCGGCGCAUAAUACUGCGCGGUGUUAUGGCACGGGGAAGAAAACCGGAGCCCCGGUCUGGCCAUAUGAUGCUGAUUAUAUGCGGGUUACCCCCACUUUCCGUGAGGAGAGUCCGGGCCGUGUAGUUUGUUUGUCGAGGGGGAGAAAAAAGAAAAGAGGAGGCAGACUGAAAAGACAGAGGAUCCCCGGGUUUGUGGAUGUAUUAUACUGCUGUCACGGACGGAUAUGUUUUUCCACGCGGACAGAGUCAGAGCCCGAGCUUUGGGAGGAUGGAUUUUAUUUUGAGAAAUCCAGCCGAGUGAAUUCAGGCCAUCGCAAGGUCUCCGAGACACCUUGAGCCGCCUUCGGUUCACCCGAGGAGGCCAUUGGCGGAGAGGCGUCACGUGACCACGGGGUGCCAAUGUUAUUCUACACGGGUGUCAAGACCCUGUCAGUUUCUGAAAUAAAUAUUGGGAAACGGCGAGAUGCAAAAGGCAACCUACUACGACAGCUCCGCAAUUUACAGUGGCUACCCAUAUCAAAGCGCAAAUGGCUUCAGUUAUGAUGCCAAUCAGAUCCAAUAUCCCCGGGCCUCUCAUGUGGAAAGUGAGUACCAUCGACCUGCCUGCUCCCUGCAGUCUCCUGACGGCUCCGUGGCGCUGCAGAAGCCGGGGGAGAUGGCGGAGGGCUGCGACAGGACCACAGCCAUUCAGGCGGCGCAGUCCCAGGUCCAUCCCGAAAGCAAUCAACCGCAGGUGCCGGUGUCAGGUCCGCCCCCUCCCUCCCAAUCCCCCGGUGCCAUCAGCCAAAACGCGAGCAACGGGUCCAGCCAGCCCGGUGCCAAGAGCGACUCACCGACCACCAACGCGCGAGGCAAACAGAUCUUCCCUUGGAUGAAGGAGUCCCGUCAGAACACCAAGCAGAAACCCAGCGGUAGCACCAGUUCAGUGGAGAGUUGCCCCGGAGACAAGAGUCCCCCAGGGUCAGCGGCGUCGAAGAGGGCCCGGACAGCUUACACCAGCGCCCAGCUAGUGGAGCUGGAGAAGGAGUUCCACUUCAACCGGUACCUCUGCAGACCCCGGAGGGUGGAGAUGGCGAACCUGCUCAACCUCACCGAGAGACAGAUCAAAAUCUGGUUCCAGAACCGCAGGAUGAAAUACAAGAAGGAUCAGAAGGGCGUGGGUAUGAUGCCUUCCCCUGGCGGACAGUCCCCGCGGAGCCCCGUGGGCCCGGCCUCCGGCGGCGGAGGAUACCUCAACUCUAUGCAUUCUCUUGUAAACAGUGUUCCUUAUGAAUCCCAGUCGCCGACGUCUUACAAUAAACCGCACCAGAACGCGUACGGUAUGGCCACGUCAUACCCCCCUCCUUUGAACAGCUCCCUCAGCAACUGCCCGCCCUCCCAGAAGAGGUAUCCCGGGACCGACUCGGCCACGCCUGAGUAUGACGCGCAUCCUCUCCAAGGCAAUGGCAACUACGGGACGCACAUGCAGGGCAGCCCCGUUUAUGUCGGCGGAGGCUACAUCGAGUCUAUGCCCAACUCCGGGGCCUCCGUUUUCGGUCUGACCCACCUCUCGCACCCGCCGUCCACAAACAUGGACUACAAUGGAGCAAUCACAAUGGGCAACAGUCAGCACCACGGAGUGUGUGAUCCGACACCGACGUACACAGACCUAACGCCGCACUACUCUCAGGGAAGAAUCCAGGAAGCGCCCAAGCUGACGCAUCUGUAGCGGUGGCGCAGCUCGGAUCACUCCGCCCAUUGUCUUACCCACCUACAGACACAUUACCGCUUUGUUUCUGCGCCUCCAUCACGGCUUCCGCCUCCUCUCCGCUUUUGUUUAUGUUUUCUAUAGUUUUGAUGUGUGAAGUAGCGUAGGAUGAAUAAUCACGACUUGCUUGGAUUUUUUCCUCUAUUUGCUCGUGUCAUUGUCUUUCAAAGACCUUUAUCUGGGCUGUAGGAGUCUAGAGCGGGAGGGAGGGGGGCACAGUAUAUGCAUAGGCCUAUUUAAUCUUUUUUUUUUUUUUUUUUACAUCUUAUGUUUAAAGCUGAAACGCAAACAGGGUAUUAUGAACGUAUGUUAUUCAUUUUUAAUGUGAAUUUGUCCGUGUUUUUUUAUUUAUCCGCAGUUGAAGAAUUGUGUUUUGCAUUUUGUUGCACUUGUGAAAGGAUCCUUCAGGAGCCACGAGCUCGGAUUAUGAGGGAAACACAUUUUCAAAAAAAAAAAAAAAAUCAAGGGUCAUGAGCUUAAACGCAGCCCCCUUGCUUUUGUUUAGUUCUGUUGGACUUUUUCUAAUGUUAUUUAUUUUGUUUGGUGUUAAGAUAAGAGUCCUUUAGUAUUAUUUGCCCCCCCUGCAAUCUUUGUGGGGAGAAGGUUGAUGGAUAUUAGCGUGUCGGCCCUCUACAUGUAGUCUGCAGCUCCCCAGCAGCAGCAGCAGCAGCAGCACCAUGUUGGUAUUAUAGCCUAUGUUUCCAUUUUUCUUUUCUUCGAGGAGGUAUUUUGUUUUCUCCACCAAUGUAAAAUCAAUCAGUCAUGCAAUAAGUGUGGAUGGAGAAGGGACACACGUUAGCAGUUUCUUUAUUGAAGAAAAAAAGGAACAGACCAUCAUCAAUUUUCUUUUCGAUGUCAUACAUUCCAUGCUGCUCCAGUUCGAAGAAAUGAAUAAAAAGAAUUGAAAUAUAA